GUUGAGAACGCGUAAGUUCAGACGUUGCUUAGUCUGAUUUAAGCUCUGUGAUAGUACGUGUGUGUGUGACCAUGAAACUGUGCUUGGUUUGGUUUUUAUUUACCAUUAUUGAUUUUGGAAAUGGAGGUCAGAUAAAAACAAAACAGCCAAUCAAAUAUAUAGCAAAACCAAAUAACGAUAUCACAAUAAAAAUUAUGGUACAUAUAGACAAAGUGUUAACGAGGAAACUAGUCCAGGAGUACGGACUGAAGACGAGAAAGAAAUUAAAAAAUCUUACACAGGGUAUACUAGAGAACGCGAGGAAACUGUUCGUGCAUCCAAGUUUGAAUCAAACGAUCAACUUCAAGUUAUUGGAUACAAGAUUUUUAAGAAACAAUAGAGUAAUAGCGAUGGAUGAAAAUGCACCAAAGUAUCUCAGCAGCUACUGCGACUGGCAGAGUAAAAAGAAAAUGAACGAGAGGACCCUGUACUAUUCAGUACUGCUGACAGGAUUAGACUUAUUCCAUGUGAACAAUGGCAAACUAAUUAGAAGUAACUCAGGUCGCGGUUAUACGAGAGGUAUGUGCAGUGUCAGAAAAAGCUGUGCUCUUAUUGAAUGGGAUCCGAGAACAAUUGGUUUUUUAUUAGCUCACGAAAUCGGUCACAGCCUAGGUAUGAGGCAUGAUGGACCACCAUAUAAUCAAUGCAGCGAUCAGAAAAACAUCAUGGCGUUAAGAUACGACGAAUCUCACCAACCGAAUAGCUGGUCUCCUUGCAGUUGGUAUUCGCUGAGACAAUUUUUAAAGACCAGUAAAUCGUGGUGUCUCAAAACCGAAUAUGACAGAAGAGUUACAUCAAAACAUUCUAUAUCGAAGAACUGAUACUAACGUGACGAAAAGAUCAUUAUUUUUUUUUUUAUUUAAUGAAGUAUCUAGUCAGACAAUUAGCUUAAACUGGCUCCAGUAGGUAAUGUGGAUAAACUUUGAAAAUCAAAUACAUUAGUACUUUGAUUAAAUUCAAGGGUUAAAUCCUAGUUGAAGUUAAAGAGACUUCAAAAUUAUAUCCUCUUAUUAACGUAAGCUAAGCUCAAAGUUCCUUAGAUAUAACUUAAUAUGUUAUUAUUUAUUGUAAGUAAUGAUAUUAAAUCUUCCUAAUUUUAUAUUUUUUACUAAUAUAAUUGUUGUAGCAUAAUAAACCAUUAAAGGUUAACCGCUAUAUGCUUGUGUUUUGGACGACUUAAAAUAUU